AUGUUUGAUUAGAUUUUUGCAUGAAAAUGUCGUCCUGGACAAUGAAGUAUUGAUAAUCAUCUCUGUCGAAGACUCAGGAACAGUGCUGCUUGGGAUCAGUGAUUCAUCAAGUGCUGACUGCUGACUUUUCAUCAAAGCUUCAGUACCACCAAAACUGACAUGCCGUCUCUCUCUGGGCAUCGCCAUUCAGAUACAUCGACCACGCCGCCUGUGAGUUCUCUUGUCUUCUUCUUCCUCAUGACAUACUAAAAAAAAAAAAAUAUGAUAUGAACAUAAAUAUUAAUUAGGUGAAAAAAUUAUGGUUGUUUUCUUGUGUCUUAUUAUUUUGUUGCAAGCCCAUCACAAUAAUCAAAACUAUGUUGGUUUCCAACUGUCUUGUUUCCUUAUUUUCUUGCUGUUGCAGUGUUUUUUUUUUUAUGUUUUCUUAAUUGAAGGAAUUCAGUAAUGACAAAAGUAAAGAUGUUGGUACCAGGCGAAUGGGACAAUGAAUGGAUAAACCAGAAUAAUAGUCUUCAACCUUUGGGGGUUAGGAAGGAAUGCUUCUCCACCUUUAUCUCUACUCUAUUAAACUUUUUAAGAGUAUUUUUAACAUUCUUUUUUGAAAAUUGUGAACAUGGAUUAGAUCCUAGGGAAUCUUUGACUCGUGUGGUCUAUGACUACAAAAACACCCUUUUGUUUGACCAUGUUUAUAGGUUUGAAUGGUAAGAGGAUCAAGUAUAAUGAAUUAAGCUGUCGUUUGAUAACUAAUUAUGUUUUGUCUGAAUUAUUUAUAGGGUCGGAAUCAAAGGAUUCAUCUGGAUUGAUUUAGCUUUGUAUUAGUUUACACCCUUCAUUAGCCAAUUCUCAUACCAGAUGACAGUAGAUUGCGUUCAUAAAGUUUCUUCUCGGAGCUGGUCUACUCUUUCUAUAACAGGAACGUUCGGGCUAUCGGACUGACUCACAAGAAUGAUUUGAUAUUUAUGAUAUUUUUGCGGCCACUUUGUGGGGAGAUAUUAAACGAGAAGGAAAAAAAGAGAACUGCCGGACAGAACACGACACACGAGUGGCUUAAAAUCAUGAGAAAAGACAAAAAUAACCAAACUAUGGCUUUCUAUCUCUCUUAAUCAGAGCAAGAAAGAAAGCAAAAUGGAAAACAGAGCAAUUAAGUUGGAAAAAAAAAACAAAAAACAAAAACAAGUGAGCCGCCAUUCAGUCAAACCCACGAGAUUUGACCAAAAUACAGUCAACAAUCCCCCAUGAGACUCCCUUUCCUGGAACCCUCCUCUUCUCCCUUCUCCUUCUUUAACUUUCUCUUUUCACCAUUUCUCUUCACAAUCUCUUCUUCUUCUUCUUCCUCUCCUCUCAUGGCUUCUUCUUCCGGGAGCUUAGACACCUCCGGGAAUUCCCAUCCCUCUUUCACUUUCUCCAGUCAUCCUUUUAUGACUACUUCUUACUCUGACAUUCUCGCCUCCGGCAUCGACGAUCCUCCUUCCUCCGCCGCACCCCACGGUUCUCUCCGGAGUUCCACUACCGGCGUUCCUAAAUUCAAAUCCCUCCCUCCUCCCUCUCUGCCGCUCUCUCCUCCUCCUCUCUCUCCUUCUUCCUUUUUCGCCAUUCCUCCUGGCUUGAGUCCGGCCGAGCUUCUCGAUUCUCCUGUUCUUCUCAGUGCUUCUCAUCCUCUGCCGUCGCCGACUACUGGGAGUUUCCCGUCUCAGUCGUUGAAUUGGAAGAGCAAUUAUGGUUAUAAUCAGCAGAGCAUUAAAGAAGAAAACAAAUAUCUGUCCAACUUCUCAUUUCAGACUCAAUCGUCAAAGCCGCCGCCUUCGUCUUUUCAGCCUUCCUCCACCACAGCUCCGAUGAAUUGGAGUUUUCAAGAACAGGGCAAGAAACAGGACGGUUUUUCGUCGGAGAAUAAUAUGGUGAAGCAGAGCUUCUCACCGGAAUACGGGAUUGUUCAAAACCAGAGCCAAAUCAACGGCGGUGGGCAGUUGCAGUCCGACUACGGCAACAAUUACCCGCAACAAUCUCAGACGGUGAAUCGGAGGUCCGACGACGGAUACAAUUGGAGAAAAUACGGCCAGAAACAGGUCAAGGGAAGUGAAAAUCCGAGAAGCUAUUACAAGUGCACCUUCCCCAGUUGCCCAACAAAGAAAAAGGUCGAAAGAUCCUUAGACGGACAGAUCACGGAGAUCGUUUACAAAGGCAGCCAUAACCACCCGAAGCCCCAAUCCACGAGAAGGUCGUCGCUGUCAUCCGCCGGUUCUUCCCUAUCCAUGGUGGUUUCGAAUCCGGCCGCCAACGAGAUGGCGGACCAGUCAUUUACAACUCAAGGCAGUGCCCAAUUCGACGGCGUUGCAACGCCGGAGAAUUCCUCGAUUUCAAUCGGCGACGACGACUUCGAUCGUAGCUCUCAAAAGAGCAAAUCCGUAGGGGACGACUAUGAUAAAGUCGAGCCAGAGGCGAAGAGAUGGCGAAGGGAAGUUGAGAACAACGAAGGCAUGUCGGCCGCCGGCAGCCGGACAGUGAGAGAGCCGAGAGUCGUCGUUCAAACCACCAGCGACAUCGACAUUCUCGACGACGGCUACCGGUGGAGGAAGUACGGACAGAAAGUGGUGAAGGGAAACCCAAAUCCAAGGAGUUACUACAAAUGCACAAACCCAGGAUGUCCCGUAAGAAAGCAUGUGGAGAGAGCUUCACACGAUCAAAGGGCAGUGAUCACAACCUAUGAAGGCAAGCACAACCACGACGUCCCACCGGCACGAGGCAGUGGAAGCCAUUCCCUCAGCCGUGCAUUCCCCAACAACGACCCUCCAGCCACCGCAAUCCGCCCAUCCGCGGUGGCCCAUCAGUCAAACAACGGCGGCCAUCAGUCCCUGCAGACAGCAUUCGCGGUGGAAAUGGUCCAAAAUCCCAAUGGAUUUUCAUUCCCGGAAUUCGGAAACUCAAUGGGAAUGGGAUCGGGAUCUUACAUGAACCAAACCCAACCCAACCAUAAUUUGUUCCCUCGAGCCAAAGAAGAGCCCAGAGAUCAUGACAUGUUCAUCCAAUCUCUCCUAUGUUGACACUAAGGGGUUUUCCAAUUCUUUUUUUCUCUCCUUUUUGGGGGGUUUUUUACGAAUUAGGCAAAACUUCA